CUUAUUUCGUCGUUAUAUUGGUGUUGUUGCUAUUUGUGCUUGAUUGUGUUGUAUGGAGUCAGUUUUGUGGAUAUAAGCUAAGAUUCUAGCCAAUCUGAGCUUGAAUAGUAACACAUUUAUUAUCAUGGAAAGAGGCAAACAUGGAAUCUCUCAGAAUCAAGAAAAGAGGAGAAUAAUCGAGACAAGCAGAAGAAGGGAAUCCAAGGAGAAGGCUCACAAGAGAGAAACGGAGUUGGUUGAAUUGAAGCUCUUUCUCAGAGAGAGGACGACAAAAGCACUGAAGCUCCGAGAGAGAAGACGCAUAAGCUACCAGCAAUCCAACCAUGGCCACGCCUCCUCACCUUGAUCCAGUGUGUUCUAUAGUUCUAUGGAUCAUCUACUGAUGUGAAAUAUGUUUAAUCAGCUGGUGGGAGAAAAGGACUUGAACACGAGAAAAUUAAGCGAAUUGACAUGGAAAUAGUGUAUCUCAGUGCUGAAGAGAUGAGACGGAAAACAGAGGAGUCUGAACGGAGAGCAAUUCGGGAUCAGGAUACUCAACUAAAAAAACUCGAAGGAAUCAUAAAAUCCCUUAUUCACAGACCUGACAGUGGAAUGCCAAAGUUGGAGUUGUUGCAGUCCUAUUUCAAGCUAAUUCAUGAAAAGAUUAAUCUUUCGAUGAUGUUGAAUGAUGAUGUGUUUGGCAAGAAAUAUAAGAUUUUUAUAUUUCUUGAGGAUGUCAAUAAAUUUUGUCUACUAGAGCCAAUUUCAGAUAGCUGUAUAAUUUCCUACAUGUGGUACCUUCACAAGGAAAUGAAAAAAGAUAACAUGCUCCAUAAAUUUCGAUUUGUGAAUCCAAAUAACAUAUCAAACACAUCAACCAGAAAUCAAAGAGCCUGUUCUUUAGCUGAUAGGUUGAUUGGUGCAUCAGCAGAUCAACUUGUGUUGGCACCGUGUAAUGUAGGUUUUCAUUGGAUUCUCACGGUCAUCCAACCGUACACCAAGACUGUUUUUUUGUUUGAUCCUCUUAGCCAUCGCAUUCGUCAUAAUGCUUGGAAAGAUGCUGUGGAUGACGCCUUAUCGAUGUUUAGUUCAUCCAAAGGAGAGAAUGAAAAAAAAUCUCCAACUUGGGUGGUUGUAAAAGCUCCUCGCCAACCAGAUUCGAAGCAAUGUGGAUUCUACAUAAUGCAGUAUAUGAGAGAAAUCAUCAGAACUUGUAGAUAUCCCGGUUCAAUUUCUCUACAAACAAUGUUUACCGGACGCAGUUAUUCUACGAGUGAAAUUGAUGAAAUGCGAUCAGAGUGGGCAGACGGCAUACUUGACCAGUUUCCUUUGCCAACGGACCAGCAGCAGGCCGCAUCUCCUAUUCAGUCCAGAACUCCUAUUUCAGCAGCAAUGACUGAUGCCACCACUACUUUUCCAACUGUUUUGACUCAGCCAACGACAGCUCGCCCCACUCGCUCCAUCAAGAAACCAUCUUAUCUUAAAAAUUACAUCUGAACUAUUGUUAUCUUGUUAUCGAUUAGGAUUUCCUAGUUUUUGUCAAGUUGCUAUUAAUGCUUAUGGUGGUUUGUUUCAUAGGAUAGGAUUUGCUUUUGAGGUUGUUAUUUCUCCACUAUAAAUAGUGGUUUGGGCAUUGUAGUUGAUAUCAGAAAAUUAAUGCAUUCAUUCAGUUAAAUUUCA